AUGACCGUUACAGAAGCACAUGCUGCAGGCUGUAGUGGGGUGAAGGACGCUGGCAGCAGUGUUAAUGGCAGUAGUGACGUAAAUGCGGGUGUUGUGGCCCCGCCCCUUCGCCUUGUGAGUGGAGCUCUCCUGCUGCACUGCUAUCUGCAGGGUUUAUGGGCGGGGCAUAGCUCAGGUAGAGACGCUCAGGUGACGGCAGAGCGACUGCAGAGCUGCUCACUGCAAGGCAGGAGGCAGCGUGUCGCCGUGUUGCUGCUGCGGUCAGAGUGGGACUACGUGUCCAGUCUUGGUCAGUUAUACGACAAAUACAAAACUCCAUCUGCAGCAGCCAGCAGCUCAGAGCUACAGAAGGCAUUUUCGAGGCAUGUGGAUCAGAUGCUGCAGCGUCACCUGCUGUUCAGGAACUGUCUAGAGGAGCGUCUGGCGCUGGACCAGAGGAGCUGGGCUGUGGGAGACGCGUUUCUCAAACUGACCGGGCCGGAGAACUCAGCAUUCUGUGACGCGUAUCUUGGCUACAUAGCCGCCCUGGCAACCAUCCUGACCACAGAGUUCAGCAGAGAACAGCCGGACAAACCGCAACACACACAGGCAGGAGAUCCUUCACACACACAGCAAAGAUCACCUGCACUCAGAGUCGGACGGCUGCAGGUGUAG